AUGGCUCCCCAGAAGCAACUGGUCAUCAAACUGACCUCCUUUCGCUACAAGAAAGAAGGUAUAUCUUGGAAGGAGUUCCAUGAAUACGGCGCCAGACAACAUGCACCCAAGGCUGCCCGUAUCCAGGAGAGACACGGCGCCUACAAGAUCACACACGUAUACACCCCACCAAUCACCAAGAGCCUCAUCACCGAGAAACUUCCCUGGGCUCUCCGUCCCGGCUGGAAACUCGACGACCACGACGUUUCGAUCUCGAUGUAUGUGCCAAAUCCCGAAACACUGCAGGCAAUAAUUGCAGAUCCGGAGUUCCAGAGUCUCGUGGCUGGGGAGGACCAUAUCCUGGACCAGGAGCGGGCCACGGUGACCGCCGGCUGGGAGGAGGUGUUUCUUGAUGAGGGCAAGAUUGUGGAUAUUGAGCGCGAGAGUUGGGAGGCUUUUACGGCUCUGGGUCAGGACUGUGAGAAGACGUCUGCUCCUGAGGAUGUUCGUAUCUAG